GUUUGCUCAACACUUUUUGUUGCUGUAGACUCACAGAGUGUGUGUGAGAGUGUGUGUGUUUGCUCAUUUCUUUUUCUACUGCUAACUUUUUUCCCUCCUCGGAUACGUUGUUCCCUCACUUCCUCUUCGAAGUUUAACCUGCUACUUUUUCUGGAGUGUAUUUAUUCUGAGGUUGGAUAAGACAGCUCGAAGAGGAGGUGUAAAUAAAGGACUGAAAAAAGAAGAAGACAGAAACCUGGAGGAGGAAAAGGGCGUUCAUACUUCGAAGUAACCAUGGAAGUUCCUGGUAUGCAGAGCUCUCAGAUCGAUCCGGAGGAGUUGUUCACUAAGCUGGAUCGCAUCGGGAAGGGGUCUUUCGGAGAGGUGUUCAAAGGCAUCGAUAAUCGCACUCAGAGCGUGGUAGCGAUCAAAACGAUCGAUCUGGAGGAGGCGGAGGACGAGAUCGAGGACAUCCAGCAGGAGAUCACCGUCCUCAGCCAGUGCGACAGCCCCUACAUCACCAAAUACUUCGGGUCAUAUCUGAAGGGCAGUAAACUAUGGAUCAUCAUGGAGUAUCUGGGUGGAGGCUCAGCGCUCGACUUGCUCCAUGCAGGUCCGUUCGAUGAGGCUCAGAUUGCCACGAUGCUGAAGGAGAUCCUGAAGGGUCUGGACUACCUGCACUCAGAGAAGAAGAUCCACAGAGACAUCAAGGCUGCCAACGUGCUGCUGUCGGAGCACGGUCAGGUGAAGCUGGCGGACUUCGGGGUGGCCGGUCAGCUGACCGACACGCAGAUCAAACGGGAAACGUUCGUGGGAACGCCGUUCUGGAUGGCGCCGGAGGUCAUCCAGCAGUCUGCGUACGACUCCAAGGCUGAUAUCUGGUCUCUGGGCAUCACGGCGAUCGAGCUGGCCAAAGGGGAGCCUCCGAACUCGGACAUGCACCCGAUGAGAGUCCUCUUCCACAUCCCCAAGUCCCCACCCCCCACGCUGAGCGGAGACUUCUCCAAGAGCUUCAAAGAGUUCACCGAGGCCUGCCUCAACAAGGACCCUACCUUCCGUCCGACAGCCAAAGAGCUCCUCAAGCACAAGUUCAUCGUCAAACACUGCAAGAAGACGUCGUACCUCAGCGAGCUGAUCGACAGGUACCGGAGAUGGAAGGAGGAGGGACACAGCGACAGUAGCUCCGACGACUCAGACGGUGAGUCCAGUAAUAAGGAGAACAGCGAGUCACCUGACUGGAACUUCACCACCGUCCGUAAGAAGAAGCCGGACGGCAGGAAGGCUCUGAAAGGAACGGUUCAGGAUCAGCUGAGUAAAUCCACCAGUCUGACCACAGUCAUUUCCCCUGUCUUCACUGAGUUGAAGCAGCAGCACAAGGAGCACUCUGAGCAGCGACUGGCUAUCGAGGAGCUGGAACGCAACAUCCGAUUGGCUGAAGACGUCUGUCCCGGCAUCACGGACAGGAUGGUCACACACAUCAUUGCCAGGUACCAGAAAUUCACGACCAACUGAAGGACAAGAACGUGGGAGAUGUUUCGUGGAAAGAGAGACUGUGUUUCCGUACGGUGACGCUGCUGGAGGAUUCGGAAAAGAAGGAGAUUUGCUGUGCGAUGUCUCCUCGCUGUACACACACACACACACACACACACACACACACACACACACACACACACACACACACACACACACACACACACACACACACACACUAAUGUUGUAAACACACUUUCUAUUAUAUAUAUAUAUAUUCACUGCUGCAGGUUGAAAACCUAUUUUCUCCCCAAGUUGGAUUCAAAAUACAGCUCAAAAGGUCUGAAGUUUUAAACUAAAUUGUCAGUCUGUUUUCACUUAGGUCAAACUUAAGUAAGUCUGCGUAAAGUAUGUUCAAACUUUCUUAAAUUUACCAGAAUGUGCCUUAAUUAUUUAUGCUAUCAGACAUUUUCUAAAAGUAGACUUUUUGUAACGGAGAUGUUGUUUUGUUGAAGCUGUACACAAAAAAAUAUAUAGAGGAGGGUUGGUCCGUCAGCAGUGGUAUGUUUGUAGAUGUUUGUUCCGUAGCACUUGAGACAGAUUAUAUGCCAAUAAUACAUAUUUGUUGUCGUGUUAGUAAUUCUCUAAAUUACAGUUCCCUGAUCCCGCGUUUUGGUGUGAACGCACAAUAACAAAAUAGCUAGCCAGCUCACCGUUUAGCCAGCUAGCAUUCUGUUUUUGUUCUGGCUAGCUAGCUGUUGGUGUAGCUAGCUGAAUUUAACUGUUUAAAUAUGUAUAAAUGAAGAUAGGGUUACAAGCUAAAUGUUCAAAGCUGCCAUUUGAAUAACAUCAAUGUGUUUUGUAGCACACUUAGUGGCAUAGCACACCCUGUUAGCUUAACAGUCAGCGGUCUAAAUGAGUGGUUGAAUUGACAGUAGCCUAACUGGUGGUUAAAAUGUACAUUUGGGAUUCAUUUUCGGAAACAUUGAGGAUUGAAAGGUGACUCUUCGCGAAAUGCUCGAUGCGAACGGCGUCGUUUUUAACACCAAUCAUUGGAAAGGACGGUCGUUUCAAGAGCAUGAAGGGAGCUGUAAUCAAAGAAAUUACUGAUUUGUACCAAAGACACUAUAAAACUCGGUCAUUGUAUAUUUUUGUCUUUUUAUAUAUAUAUCAUAAGGGAUUCGACAAUGCUUGUUGGGGGGUGGGGUGGGGUGGGGAGG